CGCACUUUGAGGAUCCGAGCGGAACCACGGGUUUGGCUGACGUCAGGGACACCUCAUCAGCCUCGAGGAGGAGGAGGGAGCAGGAGGGAGCAGGAGGAUUUCGGGAGCAGUCGUGAUCGGACUCUGCGUCCGACCUUGUGCGGCUCACUUGUUCCGUGGCUGUGCGGAACCAGCUGUUUCGCAGAAGUUUGGUUUCCAUUCAUAUAUUGUUUUUUCUCCCUCCGGCGCGCGCUUCCCCGUGCGCGCAAUUGGAGCAACAUUACAGCCUCUUCCGCGUUUUGGGGGAUUUAUUUGCAAAGAGAAUUGGGACAGUUUCCCCUGCAAAGGUUCGGGAAAAGAUGAAGAUUGCUGCUUGAUUCGGAACCGGGAUUGCUCUGCCUUCCACGAGGCGCUUCAGUGCGGAGGAGGGGGUUUCCACCGUUUACCAAGUCUUCGCUCUGCGUGGGAUAAUUAGUUGCAGAUCUCAACCCAGUUUUUCUGGGGAGCGCUGGUUCUGUGCGUCAUGAUGUGCAGCACGGUGUGGAUGAAAAUGCCGAUUAUUUAGUGACUGUCCACUAGUGCCAAAUUACGCAGGAAUGGCGAACGUGUCUCAUCGCAGUGUUGUAGAAACGUACAUUUGCCACAAACUCUCCAAGAGGGGCUUCGUGUGCGGCUUGGACGGCGGCCAGCACGAGGAUGCUGCUAAUAACGGCUCGCUCGGUGACCGAUCCCCGACUCCGGUCCGCCGCCGCUGCGACGCGGGAACGGGGCCUGACGGCGAGCGCAGCCCGCGCCUCAUCCGCGCGCGGGAGCCGCACGCGGACAUCCACAGAGUUCUGCGGGAGGCUGGAGACGAGCUGGAGCGGCUGUACCAGCGGGACUUCACGGAGAUGUCGCGGCAGCUGUACCUCACCUCCACCACGGCGAAGACCCGCUUCGCCGAGGUGAUUGACGAACUGUUCCGGGACGGGGUGAACUGGGGCCGGAUUAUCGCGUUCUUCGAGUUCGGGGGCACGGUGUGCGUGGAGUGCGCGUCCGACGAGGAGAUGAGCGCGCAGGUGGCCAGCAUCGCCGAGUGGAUGACGGAAUAUUUAAACGGACCUCUCAACAGCUGGAUAGAAGAUAACGGGGGAUGGGAUGCGUUCGUGGAGCUGUACGACAGACAGAAGGAAACCGUCUUCAGCUGCUACUGGCCGUCCAUCAAGACUGUCUUCGGCCUGGCUGCUCUCGGGGCAGCGAGCCUGACCAUCGGAGCAUACCUUGCACAAAAGUGAACCACCUCGUUCCCAUCAGCCUAACUUCGUGCCUCCUUUUGUUUUUUUAUUCUCUCCUUUCCUGAGACACUCCUGACCCCUCUGAGACAAGCUUCAGACUGAAUCUGGUUCUCUUCAAAGCCUCUCUCUCUCAGAAAAGUCCCUCCCUCUAGCCCCUUCACGUCAAAACAGACACAAAUCAAAACAGGAGAGGGAACCGGAGGCACGGCCCAAAGAGCAGAGGAGAUCUCCAAAAGAUGUAAUCACACUAAGACAUGUUCAAGAGAAACGAGGAAUGCACGUCUAUUUUUUCAUGUUUCCUUUUUCUUGGUCUGCCUGCUUCAGUAUCUGUGACAGCAUGAACGUUACGUGUUAGAGUAGACUUUGCAUGUGUGGGAUAGCAGUUUGGGAGGUAAAGGGAUGCAAAGAUGAUGACUCCGGAGAAGAAGAAGAAGAAGAAGAAGAAGAGGGCGCAACGAUGUCGCUUGUAGUCAGGGUGAAGGACUUGUGGACUCCUUCAAAGCACUUCCUCUGCAGAGCAGCUGCUCAGAAUGUGUAAUGGAAACACUUUGCUAAAGCCAGCACGUGUGUCUGCUGUAUUAGCCUGUGAUGGUGGAUGCAAACAGCUUUUCCUUUACAGACUUUUCAAAGCUCCUCCACUUUUAUGUUAUUUUUAUUUUUUUUACAAAAAGUGAAGAGCGGUGUGUGUUUGGCUUCUCCACAAGUUUAUAAAAAAGUCAUUCUGAGCAGCACACAAAGAGAAGAACAACAAAAAACGCAUUUUGUAUUCUGAGGCUUUUACAGUAGAACCGCAGAUUUUUACGAGUGCAUUCCACAGGCAAUGAAAUGCAAAGCAGACCACCCACAUCGGUAAUUUAUACCCUCAUCACACAGGAAACAAAAAAAAAAAAACAUUCUUUGCUCCUUCGUGAGUCCAUUUGUGGUCAGAUUGUUUGGGUUCACUCAAGUUCUAGGGGUUACCCUGUCAACGCGCGUCCCGAAAAGACUCCGGCCGUGGGCACAGAAGCGGGACUGACUGCAGAGCCCGACGCUGGAACCUGAGAUGUCCCUCCUCUCCCCCUGUCUGCAGAUGCAUCCAUUGAUUUGUUCCUCCCAUCCUGUUUUAUUGAUGUUUGUCUUGUGUUACAGGCUGAUGGAAAAAUUUGGAAGCACACACAUGCUCCGAAAAUAUUUCAUUGUAAAAGUUAGUGGUUUAUGUAGAGCUGACUUUAAUUCUCUUCUUUUUGCUGCAUGGAUGGAAGACACUGUUUAAAACUCACAGCAUUUAUUCAUAUUUAUAACAGACUAGAGGAGCAAAAAGUAACACCAAUAGAGCUGAUUUUCCUAUUUAUUACGAGGUACCAAAAUCACAGAGUUUUAACAAUUCUUUCAGCCUUUUUUAUCUAUUAAAUCACACUGUAACUCGGUUAUUUCCUGGCUGCUAUUCUAGCGAUGUCGAGAUAUUAAAUUUUUGUGUUGUGUUAUUAUUGGCUUAUGGCUGCUAUACUGUCAGUUUAUCUCACAGCUUCAACUGCCACGACUUCACAGUACAGACCUAUAGAGAGCUGGAAACCAAAGUAAACUUGCACCGAUCUGUAAUUUAACAGUAGCUUCAUGAAAACACUUCAAGCUUCGAGAGGUUUCUGUGUGUGUGUGUGUUCGGGAGGGGGGGUUGUGUUGUGUUAUUGUACUAUAUCACUUUGUUCUUUGUACAAAUCUGUCAGACUCGUCUCAAUCCUCACUAUAAACACAAUUCUUAUAAGAAAACAGCUCAAAGUGUGGUAGUGACGUGUGGAAAAAGCAGAGGCUGAUUCAUGAGCAGGAAUAGGAACAGCUUAACAGCAAUAUACUGUCAUUUUUGAUAUAUUCUCUGUGCAUUUAUGAAUGUAGCACUCUUGUUGCUGUAGCCUACUGUUUUUAUGUCUAUAAUCGCAAACCCGUAGCACUUAAAAAAGUGAAUUGUGUUAUGUUGUUUACUGCCAAUAAGCUAGCAGGAUCAUAUUUGUUCCUAAUAAACCAGACUUCUUGAGCUAAUCAGA